CUUGCAAAUGUGGCGUCCAGACGAUUUGACGUGAAAUUCGUUCGCAGAAUUUCCCUGUUUUCGGCAAAAGUACAUUUCAAAAUUCUUAGUGACUUUAAGCUUCUAAAUUUCUAAUUAUAAAACUAUAAAAUGGCUAAGAAAGGUGGAGUGCAGCAGCUGCAGGCGGAAAUCAAUUCCGAUGAAGAGUUUGAAAAGUUCUUGGAACGUGACGGUCUCUUGGUGAUGGACGUCUAUACGGACUGGUGUGGACCGUGUACCGGUAUGGUGGGAAGUUUGAAAAAAAUUAAACUUGAACUUGGUGGCGAUAACCUUCAACUGGCAGUGUGCAAAUCGGACGAAAUAGAGGCUCUCAAGAGAUUUCGGAAUAACAGUGAGCCAACCUGGCUGUUUGCUUCGCACGGUAAAAUUGUGAACCUGAUGUAUGGCACAAAUGUACCGAAGCUGAUCAAUCUGAUAACCGAGGAGCUGGACGUUGAGCUGAAAUCUCGCGCCGGGGAAGUGGAACGCAAGUAUUACGAGCUUUACGAGCUCACCCCGGAGGAACAGGAACGGGAAGAUGCUCGCCGCGCCAUCGAGGAGGAAGCGGAAAGAAUCGAGCGUGAGGCGGCCAUCAGACAGCGCAAUGACUACAUUACCUUUGUCACUGAUGAAAUUAUGGCUAACAUUCCGGAUAUGGGAGUUGUACUGUUCAUGCCACAUGUGCACAAGGAUAUCUUCAAGAAGCUCAACGAAAUGGCCGAAAAACAUGAUCUGCAACUGAAGGAGAAAAGACUAGUUCAUCUGAAUCCCAAAAUGCUCGAAGUACUGCAUUUUGAGUGUGAUAAUCCGAUUGACGAUGAAAAGUUUGAACAAAUUUUCUACAAAGACGUUCAGGCGUACGUGUGGAAGCUCCACGAAGAUGUUGUACGGCCAAUAGUCGAAAUAAUAGCUGAGUUUGUACGCUUCCUUACGGAACCAGAAGAGGUCCUGGAUGCGGAAGGUGCCGUUGAGAAAGUCAUUCCGCCACUGAUCGAACCUUUAGAGAUGACUUAUAACCAAGCAGAUGGAACGUGGAAGGCCAAGGAAAAGGUUAUCCCUAAGAAGGGUUUGAAAUCUAAGCCUUCGACUCCUAGCCCUAGUAUCCAGUCCAAGGAAACUCUUUCAGAGGAACCGUCGGCGGAAGUCAUCAAAAUGUUUGUUCCUGGCGUGUGGGCUCCGACGAACAAUCGAGCGAUGGCCGCUCUAUUCUAUUUACUAUUCCGGCAUCUUACGGAACAUUUCUUGCCACCAGAUCCCGUUCCAGAGCCACCACACAUUUGUAUGAUAUUUGACGCCUACAAGAAGCGUGAUGUUUUCGAAGUGGCUGAAAAAUACAAACGCGAAGUAAUGGCCACCGGUUACUUUACAACCGGAGAUCCCAAGACGGCGGAGCUUAUUGCGAAAACCACCGAACGCUAUCACCGAUUGAGGAGGACCAACGUCAAUGAUAAACUAAUUAUGAAGGUAUCGAAAGCAACGAGCCAUGCUAUGUUGGCACUGACCGCUGUCGGACCAUGCUACAUUAGCCAGAAUGCUGUCGAGGGUCAAGAGGAAUGUGCUCUACUCUUCCCGGCUGGGUAUAAUAACAUUGAGGAAGAAACCGAAGCCACCGAGGAAACUAAAAAGAAACAGAAGAAAAAGCGUCGUGGCAAGAAAAGCGACACAUCGGUUUCGUCAGCGGAUACGGCAGCUUCGGCGACACCAACGGCUGACGGAGGUGAAGGAGGAGGUGACGGGGAACUGGGUACUAUUGGUGAGGGUUCAACCGGUGAAGAAGGAGAAACGUCAUCUUCCACCAAUUCACCAGAAAAAACGGCUGGUGAGGAAGGUGGAGAGGAAAAAAAAGACUAAACUGUUCUAUUUCCAGGAAAAUCGCAAUAUAUUUUAUUCACAUAAAAUUACAACAUAUAAUGUAGCUAUUUUAUUUUGGCUUUCAAAUACUUACAAUUGAAUAAAUAUGCAAAUGCUUU